GAGCGGCGAGUACAAUUUAGUUCGAAACUUUAUUCAGCGCAGAUAACACGUGUGUACGUCGUUUGUUUCUGCGUGAUCGAAGCGUGGAAUACGCUAUCUUCAAUUACCAAAUAAAUAAGGCAACAGUCUUUCCGAUUAAGAGUGGAGUGCAUCGUUUAUUCCAGGAUAAUCUUGACAAUUCGAGUGCCUUGUUGAUUCCUGUGCUACUCAUCUUUUAUUAGUACUCCCUUACGCCCAGUCAUCAAAAUGAGAGAGCUGGCGAAGGACUAAUAUAAAACUGGUGAUAGUGGACUUUAUAGUGAAUCAAGUGAACGUGAAUAAACCGCCAAGAUGUAUUCUAUGAACUAUAUCGGCAAGUUCAUUGCCAACUUUUACGAGUUCUACAACGAGAUUAACGGGGCUACCCUCACUGGGGCCAUCGAUGUGGUGGUGGUGGAACAGCCGGAUGGGAGCUUCACGUGCUCACCUUUCCAUGUGCGCUUCGGGAAGUUGGGCGUGCUGCGAUCCAGGUUCAAAGUGGUUGACCUGGAACUCAAUGGGGAGCCGCUGGACAUCCACAUGAAGCUGGGAGAGUCCGGGGAGGCCUUCUUUGUGGAGGAAAUAGGCGAGAAUGAGGAGGAAUGUGCGGCGCAUCUCGCCACUUCCCCCAUCCCCGCGUCGAGGUUCGAGGAGCUGUAUGAGCCUCGACGGAGAAAUUCCCUGUCCGCUGUUGAGCCUGACCACGGACAAGCCUCAGACUAUACUAAGAGAAGGUACACGGCUGACAUGCAGAGCAUGCAGAAGCCGGAUUUAAGCAAACUCGCCAAAAGCAAGGAGGAGAAAAUAGCCCGGCACGACCUAGACAAUGACGCCCUAUUCGAAAUGGACGGGUUGAACGAGGGGUCCGCCGAUUGGACUGAUUCGAAGCCGAGGACGUUCGCAGCGACGCAGCUCGGCUCGGCCGAGAGCGAGGCCAACCAGGCCGUGCUGAAGAUCAGCGAGCACAACGACUUCCGGCCCAUAGACGCGGCGCCGCAGGAGGAGACCAAGACCAACGGAAACGGCAAGAAGAAGAAGAAGACGCGGAAGACCAGCUCCAAGAAGAAGCACCAAAGAAAGUCGUCAACCAGCUCGGUAUCUAGUCAGUCAGAUCUCACCGGCGCGGAGCGAACCCAGCCUGCCGCCAUACGCAACCCGAAUGAAAUCAAUUUCUUCAGCGACACCGAAAUCGCCGACUGCGCUCUAAGUAAGGAGGCACGGCUCGGGACACCCAUACAGUCGGAUACAGAAGUGGAGCUAUCGCGAGCGGGACAGACAGACAACUCGCAAUCCUGGCGAUGGGGGGAGCUUCCGGAGCCUCCAGUGAGAGCUCAGGAGGCAGCCGAACCCCCAUGCUCCCCAGCCGAGCCAGCAGAACCCUCCUCACCAGCAGAACCCCUCAGUUCUGAUGAAGAAAGGAACGUCCGAAGAGGGGUCCUUAGUGGGAUGUUCCGCUUCAUCUCGUCGAAGGAGACGGAGGCGACGCAGGGGAUAUACCUAGAUGACCUUGAUCGGGGACAGGUGGACCCGGAUCUGUACUUCCCCAAACACACUGAUCGGUAUCGCCCAGUCCCCGGCAGCAACGCGGGCGCAGGGCCCACGGAGGAGGAGUACGAGUCCGGCAACGGCCCCUCCCUCCCGCAGUCCCCCGCAUCGCCCGCCUCCCCCGCCUCCAUGGACGCCCCCGUGUUGGACUCCGACGACGACGACAAGCUGCUGGCCAAGGGGCAAGUGGAUGUCUACAUACGUGAAGGCUCCGUGAGCCGCGCGCUCAGCUACGCGGAGUUCUGUGCGGAGGGGCUUCGCGCGGCUCGGGAGGGAAGGCUCGAGGUGCGUUUGGGCACGCGCCGCUUACCCUGGAGAAGUGCGGCACCGCUGCUGCUGACCCUUAUUGCAUACCGCCGACCGCUGCCUAAUCGCGUCAUGGAAGAACUGGAGAAAGAGUCUGAGGAGUCUCACACGAGCUCAGACGCCGCUAAACCACGUGCCUACUCCUGGUGGAACUGGCGGCGGUCCAAUGACGCUAAGCGGAGUGAUUCGUCGCAGCCAAAAGAGGAUAUGACAAAACCUGAGGGUACAGACACCAAGACGGAGUCCACAGACGAAGACCAAACGGACCACUGGAUGGACGACAAAGUGGAGAAGAAAGUCACAGUGGAUGUAAUGGAGCCGAUAGAAACUGAGGCGGUGCCAAUACCGCCCGAGCCCCAAGAUCAAGUACGUCACGAGCACAGCUCUUCAGAGUCAGACAACGAGGGCAACGUCAAGUCCAACAGGAGACAAUCCUCCUUCAGGAAAACGUUGCGGUUAUCGUCAGAGCAGAUCAAAAAGCUAAACCUGCGCAUGGGCAUGAACGAGAUGGAGUUCAGCGUGACGACGGCGUACCAGGGCACGACGCGCUGCAAGUGCAACGUGUUCCGCUGGCGGCACGACGACAAAAUCGUCAUCUCCGACAUCGACGGCACCAUCACCAAGUCUGACGUGCUGGGCCAUAUCUUCCCGCUGGUGGGCAAGGACUGGGCGCAGUCGGGCGUCGCGCAGCUCUUCACCAAGAUCAAGAACAACGGCUACCAGCUGCUGUAUCUGUCCGCUAGAGCCAUUGGACAGGCUAAGGUAACACGACAAUACCUGCGUUCUAUCAGACAGGGUGAGGUGUGCCUGCCGGACGGACCACUACUGCUGAACCCCACAUCCCUACUGCGCGCCUUCCACAGAGAGGUCAUCGAGAAAAAGCCAGAAGAAUUCAAGAUACAGUGUCUGGCUGAUAUCAAAGCGUUGUUCCCGACCGGCUCCAACCCGUUCUACGCUGGAUAUGGCAAUAGAGUUAAUGACGUCUGUGCUUAUCAAGCCGUGGGGAUCCCAAUAGUGAGAAUAUUCACCAUCAACUACAAAGGCGAGCUGAAACACGAACUGACACAGACAUUCCAAUCCACGUAUUCGCACAUGUCCGUGCUAGUGGACCAAGUGUUCCCGCCCGCGGAUGAGCCUUCAGACGAGUUCUCCGCCAGCGUUUACUGGCGCGACCCGCUGCCCGAUUUGCCGCCGCUGCCAACUUUCGCUGCUAGUGCGCCCCCCGCUCACUAGAUGGCGCUGUACGUCGCCGCCAUCUUGUGACACUCUUUGUCAAGUAGCGCUUAACAACUAGUGUCUUUGAAUUACGAUUGCUGGCUAAUUACAACAGUUCGGCAAAUAAGACAGCUACGGCCCUUUAGUGCGUCUGACAGAGGGCACCGUUAAAUUAGUUCGGCACAGGCGUUAUAAAGAACAAGCUGAAAAGACUGCUACCGCCCUCUAGUGACAGCUCAUUGAAUUUUGUGUGUAAUUCGAUGCCCGCCGAAUUAAAAUGUAAUAUGAACUUACGGUGUACGUUGUGUGAACGACUAAGCGACUUGAAUGUUUAAUUCCAAUAGUGCUUAUUAGUUUGCAAUGUUUAGUAGUGAUUGUGAUUUACGUUUGACUGUGUAGUAUGUUGUAACCCUUGAAAUUAUGGAAAAACGCUAGUUAUAUACUGGCCUAAGAGCAUCCUUGGUUUGUAAGGACUCAUUGGUCAC